UGUCGGCGGGCCACGCCAAAAUAAAAGUAAUAACAAAAAAACCCGGAGACCAACCGCCUCUUGCAGUAUUGCUUUUCCCUCCGCUUCCAUUUCAAAACCUCAUCACCUCUCUCACUCUAUAUAAGCCUCCUAUCUCGAUCUAGGGUUUAUAUCGUUUCUCUUCUCUUCCCCAAAGAUUGACUCGAGGGAUCAAUCGAUCGAUCGGUCAUUUGUUAGGGUAUCGGUGGACCGGUGUUUGUGGAGCAGAGGCGGGCGAUUGGCUUUGGAGAGCGAAGACAGAUGGAGCAGUACGAGAAGCUGGAGAAGGUCGGGGAGGGGACGUACGGGAAGGUGUACAAGGCGAAGGACAACGCGACGGGGCAACUGGUGGCCCUCAAGAAGACCCGCCUCGAGAUGGACGAGGAGGGCAUCCCCCCCACCGCCCUCCGGGAGAUCUCCCUCCUCCAGCUGCUCUCCCAGAGCAUCUACGUCGUCCGAUUGCUGAGUGUAGAACAUGUGGACAAGAACAGGAAGCCCCUUCUUUACCUAGUAUUUGAGUAUCUUGACACUGAUCUCAAGAAGUUCAUCGAUUUCCACCGCAGGGGCCCAAGCCCCAGGCCUCUCCCACCAUCCGUUGUUCAGAGCUUUUUAUAUCAGUUGUGCAAAGGAGUCGCCCACUGUCAUAGCCAUGGCGUGCUUCACAGGGAUUUGAAACCUCAAAAUCUAUUGGUUGACAAAGAGAAGGGCAUUCUGAAGAUUGCUGAUCUUGGGCUAGGAAGAGCCUUUACCAUCCCUCUUAAGAGCUACACCCAUGAGGUCUUGCAUUAUCAGCCAUACUUAGUUUUCUCAUCAAGAAAUCAACUUCAACCUAGUCUUGAGAUUUUUCUAAUUGUCACACUGUGGUAUCGAGCUCCCGAGGUUUUGCUAGGAACCACCCACUACUCAACUGGAGUUGAUAUGUGGUCUGUUGGAUGUAUAUUUGCUGAAAUGGUGAGGAGACAAGCUCUUUUUCCAGGUGACUCAGAAUUGCAACAAUUGCUUCACAUCUUCAGGUUGUUAGGGACUCCAACUGAGGAACAAUGGCCUGGAGUUAGCACUCUGCGUGAUUGGCACGAAUAUCCACAGUGGGAGCCCCAGAACUUGGCACGUGCAGUUCCAGGCUUGGAAGCUGAAGGCGUGGACCUUCUAUCGAAAAUGCUUCAACAUGACCCAGCUAACAGAAUAUCAGCCAAAGCAGCAAUGGAACAUCCCUACUUUGAUAGCCUUGACAAGUCACAAUUCUAGUGCUUUUGCUUCAUCAUACUGGUUUUGCUAGGAGCUUUAUCACUCACAAGCCAGAUUUGAACAAAAGAGUGGUUGUUUGGUGUGCAUGGCAACCAUACUAGUUGCUGUGGCAUGUGACAUCUUGAUUGAUGAAUGUAUUUCUUUAGUUGUCAUGGCUUUAUAUUGUUAUACAUGUCCGCUCGAGCAAUGAAAAGUUUGCAUGCCAUCGAUUCAA